CAGGGGAGCAGAGCGGGUGCCUAGGCAGGUCUGGGAGGGCGGCUGGCCACUGACUGCCCCUUUGCGGGUGGGGCACACCCAGGGAGCAGAACUUUGGGGGCAGGGGGCGCAGGGGUAUCACCCGUGGGAUUCCCCCAUCACGUCCCGCUCCGGGAGGAUGGGCUCAGACAGGAAGGGCGGCUUGGCCUGGCUUGUGGGUUAAAACCCAGGAGAUUUUGGUUUCAAUGCUCAGCUCUGCCACAGACUCCCCUGUGCGAGUCACUUCAUCAGAGAAUGAGCCGUCCCUGCCUCACAGGGCUGCUGGGAAGAUGAAUAUUUUCAUGGGGCUCAGAAGCCAUAAGGAGUGGGGCCGGAUAAGGACCUUGCUAGGCAGGGGGAGGAAGUGGUAUUUUUCUAUCAGCCCUGCUCCCCUCUCACUGUGCAAUGGAAUUGGAAGGAGGGGGCUGGGACAGAGUCCAUCUUGCUGCUGCAACCAACAAGAAGCAGCUGCCGGUAUCCCAGGGAUGCAGAUGAACUUUCAGUCACAAUAAUUUGGCAUCUCCUGAGUGUGGCAAUGAGAGAUCCUCCACAGAAUAAGGCUGGUUGGAAACCACGUAUGAACUGCCAUAGGCACAAGCAAGGCUGAUGUCUGCUUAGUAGGGGGCUGGGAUGGACACGUGCUCCACACACUGUUUGUGUGUGCACAUGCUGUCUGCCCAGGCACAGACAGCACUCAUCCAAACAACACUUGAACACAUACAUUUACAUGUGAUGGCCAACGUACCAGGGAUUGAACAGGGAACUUUGUGAGUUUCUACAAUUUAAGCUAAAGAGCCAAGCUCUCGGGCUGAGAACUCUAAGAGACACACACCCUCUGGGUUGGGCGCAGAGGGAGAAUUCAUAACACACAUGCAUGCACAAGACCACAUGCAGGUACAGAUACAUGUGCAUCAUUGCACCUCUGAUAUUCAGCGACUGCAUUUCUACCUGUGCUUGUUCGUUCUACUUGUCUCCACUGCUAACCUUCAACUGGGGCGUCUUCCCUUUCAGCUAGUCAUGAGGAACUUUCCAUGCAUGUUGGGCUCCUACUGUCUAGUCACCAAAGAUCCAGGACGCGCAGCGGAAAGAUGAGCCUGAGGAUUCUCUUUCUCUUAGCUGGCUCGUUGGCAGGUCCCAGCCUAACUCCCGCCCCACUUCUUUACCUGGACAUGUCUUCCGACCCCACUGCCCGAGGAGACUCCACCCGGCUCGUCUGCAUCGCGCCGAGAGCCUACGUGGACAGCGAGUUCUGGUUGCUGAAGACGGAUCUGGUUCAGCCCAUACAGACACUGUUUGCCUCGGAGGCCCAGCAUCGCGUCACCUUCAUCCUGGGGAACGUCACCGGGAAGGACGCCGGGCAGUACCGAUGCCAGUACCGCAGCUACAACGGGAGUGCCAGGCAGAUGUCAGAGUUCAGCAAUGUGGUGGAGAUCGCAGUGGCAGCAACUCCGAGUGCCCCUCCCACAGCUUCCACGGCUGCGCCACAAGGUUCCCCGUGGCUGCUCCCUGUGACCCUCAGCGUGGCUGGAGCUUUGCUUCUGACCGUGAGCCUAGUAGUAGCAGUCGUGGCAGUCAGGCGAGUUAAGGCCAGAAGACAACAGCUGAAAAGGGAUCGGGAAUCGUGCUGGACAGAAACGAACUUUCCCACAACAGACAUGUCGUUCGAUAAUGGCCUGUUCACCGUCUCGGUGAAAAUGGACCUGGAAGCCACAGGCAGCCAAGAUGCCUGCAUCUCCCCAGGCUCCAGGAAAAGACUCAGCUCCGCUUCCUCUCUGGGAACCAACAGCUUCAGCACAUUCAAGUCCUUGCAGUGAUGGCCCGGGUGGAGGCUGGCCCCGGAUGCUCCAGCUAGCGACCCCCUGGUCCCAGCACCAGCCCUUUCCUUAGUCCUUCCUUGGGCUCGGAGUCACCCCCAGAACGAGGCGUCUGCCAGAGGGGCCAUUUCCGGGGUGCGAUUAUACGUCUUCAUUGGGAGGAGAAAGAGCUUCAGUUAAGCCUUGUGCCCUGCUGGGCGCCUCCAGGACCACGUGACCUGGACACCAUGAAAAGAUGCCCAGAAUCUAGUCUACCUCCCGCAUCGUGAGCAGCGUCACCGGCUCAGCCCUGGCAGCUGAAUCGAUCCCUGGGGCAGAUGCUGGAAGCAGGAAGAGCCCAGCUGGGGUUGCAUAUCUUUGGGGCAGGAUUCGUGUGGCUGGCAGUGGAUCCUUCCACUGUAGCCAGAAUGACAUUCACACCAGCCAGCCAACCCUUCUACCCCUCCGCAAUCCCCUUCCUCCAAGCUGUGCUUCCUCAGGAUGACCCGAGAUGGAGGGAGAGCCAAAGACUCCAUAAAGUCCACGGCCACAAAGGCUGUUGUCAGACUGUUGUACACGGAAGGUGCUCCUGGAUUGCGGUGCUGAGCAGCGGCUCUAAACCUGAGAUGGACAGAGGAAGCACAUAGGGAUGGCUAGAUAGAGGGGGGGGA